GGUUUAAAGAGAAGAGAGAAGUGAAGACAGAGGCGAGAUUUCAGUCAACUCAACAACACAGACAAAAAUAGAAAACAAUUGACGGUGUAGUGGACACAGAUCCUCCCAUCUAACGAAAAUGGCAAAAGGGGACCCCAGGAAACCCAAGGGCAAGAUGUCCUCUUAUGCCUACUUUGUUCAGACCUGUCGGGAAGAACACAAAAAGAAGAGCCCAGAGAUUCCAGUCAGCUUUUCCGAAUUUUCCAAAAGAUGCUCCGGAAGAUGGAAGGCAAUGUCUGACAAAGAGAAAUCAAGAUUUGAUGACAUGGCCAAACAGGAUAAAGUGCGUUAUGAUCAAGAGAUGAUGCACUACAUGCCAGGCAACAAGAGAGGCAAGAAGAAGGAUCCAAAUGCCCCCAAGAGACCACCCUCUGGGUUUUUCCUGUUUUGCUCGGAACAUCGACCACAAAUCAAGGCCCAACAUCCCGGUCUGGGUAUUGGUGAUGUAGCCAAAAAACUAGGCGAGAUGUGGAACAGCCUUACAGAUUCCAGCAAACAGCCCUUCCUGAUAAAGGCCAACAAGCUGAAGGACAAGUAUCAAAAGGAUGUUGCCGAUUACAAAACAAAGGGCAAAGUUGGGGGUGCCUCCGUGGGAAUGGGAAUGAUGGCCAAUUAUGCGGCUCCCAAACCCAUGAUGAAGAACAACAUGGAUGAUGAAGAGGAUGAUGAUGAGGAAGAUGAAGAGGAUGAUGAUGAAUAUGAUGAUGAUGAAUAGACUUUUACUUUGUGUGUAUUAUAAUAACUGUUUUCCCUUUAUUGAGGUACAGUACAAUACAGAAUACACUGGUGGUCUUUCAUAGCACCGUUGUUGUUUCAUUAGAGGUGGGAUAGUUUGUUUGCUGUGGGUGAGAGACUACCACAGCGCCUUACCUCCAGCUUUGUAUGUGUGUGAGUGCAUGCGCACAUGUAAAGAUCUCACUUUGAUCAUCACAGUAGCCCGGUGUCUUCCUAGCCCAUGUUUGUAUCCUUUUUCCGACUGUAUAAGAAAAGGCCUUUACACGAGUAGUACUAUUUCUGUAUAUGUACUGUAAAUCCUUAUGUAUUCUUAUUUCGGUUCUGUUUUGAGUUUUCUGAGGUGUCUGUAGCUCCGUAUAUGGUUGAAUUUAAGUAGAGAGUGUUUCAUGGUUGUAGUUAAGUUGCAUGUGGGAAGGUGACAUAUAAUUCUGUGCACCAAUAUCAGACAUUUCAUGCUCAACCUAUACAUUUUUGGGAAAAAAUGCAGAUCAAUGUCCAAUAGAGCCGUUUGUACCAGCACGUCAGUUAGUCCUACUGCAGGGUGUGUGCUAUAUGUGUUCUGCUAUACUACAGACAUUGGCACAUCUGAGAGCAAUAUGGGAAAGAUAUUUAUAUAAUCUUUCCUAUAUUUUAACUGUUGUGCAAUCUAGGGAUGCACCAAUAACAACAAACAGACAACAAAGUUAUAAAUAAGUAGGAUGUAUUCGGUUAUAUUUGGGCACUUUUUGACACUGAGUCAAAAACUCCCCAAAAACUUAACUUAACAUAAAACAUUCAAACCAAACUUUCGAACUAUGUUAAACAUUUCUGUAAAAUGAAUCGGAGUCAAAACAUUACUAUAUAAAGUCCUGAUACUAUCAAGCUCAAAAGAUAGACAGAUGAUUAUUUCUAAUACACUUAUAUUGGCCAAUACUGAUUGUCCCGAUAUGUUGUGCAUUCCUAGUUUGCUCUCUUUUGUUGAAUAUAAAGAAAAUAUGCUUAUCUGUACUUAAAUGUAUUUAGAAUUUAUUUUCUUUUGAUUUUUUUAAAGUUUGCAAUUAAACUGAAACAUUUUUAUUUGUGCAA